AUGGACGGAGGAGAGACGAGACAAAAUACGAGCUCCGGCAACGCGGUCCGCGGGCGGUCACGUCCCGACAUCAUCGGUCGCUGGCGCUUCCCUCAUGGUUUUCGCAAGGUUCGCCCGCCUCGCCCAGACCCCUCCACCACCCGUUUCUCCCCCCUUCCCACCGCAGCUUCCCCCUUUCACCCCUCAUCAUUCCCCCCGCCGCAACGCAAUUCUUCCUCCCCCAUCACCUCGGUCCUCCAAUGUAUUCUCCCGCCCCUUUCUUUCCCACAACAAUACACAUCGCUCGCAAAGCUCCGCGCGCAAACCGACGACUCAUCCGCCUUCCGCUGCUGCUGCAGCGCCACCGCCGCUAACACCGCGUCGUCCGCACCAGAAGCGCGCCCAUCCGCGCAAAAGCUCUCCCUAUCCGAAGGCCUCAACCUGCCGUUCCUCGGCCCGGUCCGAUGGUCCGACCCGCCGCGAUUCCUGAGGGAAUUCGUGCGCGACCCGCUUAACGUUAUGACCCUCUUCACCGUAACCCUCGCGGGCUCCAUGGUCGGAAUCAACUGCGCGAUAAUCUCCCAGAUUCCGCUCCUCCUCGGGAUCCUCACGCAACCGCAAGCAGAGUUAUGGUUCGAGCUGUCUAAUCAGGUUCUCUGCGCGAUCGGCACGCUCGGAAGUCUUCUAGUCCAUCCGUUGCGGUGCUACUACGUGCUCCAGGUUUUCCGCUGGAGCCCGCAAGACGCGGCGAGUCUCCGCGCGAUGCUGUCGAAAGCCGGCCCGUUCGUGCGAAAGCCCAAGGAGUGGCAGCACAUCGCGUUCGUCAUCUUCUUACUGCAAGUUAACUGCGUGUUUCAAUACGCGAUCGCCUAUUUCAUGUGGACAACCGACAUGGUUUCCCGCCCCAUGGUGCUUCUCGGCUGCCUCGCGCUUUUCGCGCUUGGUUCCGUUAUCUUUGCCGGGCUUUACUGCCUCUGGAGCCCCCUGGGGUGGCCUACAGGAGCCAAGCCGCAACCCGCGGGUCGGCGCGUCUCUGCGACCGGGGAAUGCGGCGAGUGGGACGAGGAGGCGGGUCGGGAGGGCGAGGGGUUGUUGUCGCGGCGGUGCGAGGUUUGCGGGGGUGGCAAGGAGAGCUCCACGGGUUGCGGCGCGAUUGACGGGAAGAGCGGCAAGGGCGGCAAGGGCAAGGACGCGGACGACCUGAACGAAUGGCGUCGCGCCACGUGGCAGCCGGUGGGAGGCGCCACGCGGCCGCAGUGGCAGGGCGGGCUCCUGGACUGCUGGUCGGACGGGUGGACGGCUGUAGCAGCUACGUUCUGCUGCUUCUGCGUGCACGGGUGGAACGCUGAGCGCGCCGGGUUCGGCAACAAAAUCGUCCACACCGCCAUGUUUGUCCUCUUCCUCGUCGGACCCAUGGCUAUGUUCGGGCCGGCUUCCGCCAUCCUCCCCCCCGGUUACAUGCAGAAUUUCGUGUUCGCGCUCGGGGUGAUUUGCACGAUUCUAGGCCUGACUUACGCGGGCUACUGGCGGUGGUACCUGCGGCGAAACUUCCACCUGCCCGCGAGCGACUGGUGCUGCGGGCACGAGGCGGCGACGGACUUUGCGUCGUGGUACCUGCUGCCGUGCUGCUCGCUGUGCCAAGAGGUGCGUACCGUUCGGCGGUAUAACCUAAGACUGGAGAUUCCCGAAGGGCCGGGCAAGGAGGGGAGCAGCGGGGAGGGCGGCGCUGUGACGGUGAUGGGCGCGCCUGGGACGCUGUGUAUGGAGGUCACUCCGAUGACUGUAGCCAUGGCGGAGUGA